CCCUUCUCACAAUACUAGAGACAGUGGAAAACCAAAGACUAAAAUUCCCCCCUCACACAGGCUUGGUGCGCCGAGCAGGCAACGGAGCUGGGAGAAGCUUCAUACGGCUUCACGCGCACAAAGUUUGAGAAACGGACUGUGUUCAUUCUUCCAGCGCACAUUUGCGAUAUUUCUUCCUCUAACGUGACCCAACAUAUUCCUCCAUCAUUGUAAUUUUAAAAAUGAGAUUACAACUAUUGAUUCGCGUUUUUUGCGACGGUUUGUUUUAAACGUGCCAUGCUAUCAUAAAGAGCCUCUGCUGAACACAGCCCAUUGCUGAGAUGGACGAGGUGCUGAUAAAAAGGCAAUGGACGUGGAGAAGGCAGGUAAUUUGCCUGCUUCUGUGCGCCUGUGCUAUGGAUUUGGUUCUGGGGCAAAUCCGAUACUCAAUUCCCGAAGAAUUGGAACACGGAGCUUUUGUUGGCAACAUAGCCGAAGACUUAGGUCUGGACGUCGCCAAACUCUCUGCUCGCAGAUUCAGGAUAGUUUCGGGAGCCAGAAAACAGUAUUUAGAAGUUAAUUUGGAAAACGGGAUUUUAUUUUUAAACGAGAAAAUUGAUAGAGAGGAAUUGUGCGAACAGAGCGCGUCGUGUUUUUUACAUUUGCAGGUCGUAAUUGAAAAUCCUUUAGAACUGUACAGAGUGGAAGUAGAGAUUUUGGACGUGAACGACAAUUCCCCCAGUUUUCCAUGGAGCGAGUUUAAUAUGGAAAUAACGGAGUCUGCGGCGCCGGGGUCCCGCUUUCCGCUCGAGAGCGCACAAGAUCUGGACGUGGGCACAAACUCUCUCCGCACCUACGUGCUGAGCUCGAACGAUCACUUUGUCCUAGACAUCCAGACGCGAAACGACGGCAGCAAGUUCGCUGAACUGGUGCUCGAGACUCCCCUGGACAGAGAGCAGCAGAAGACGCACCAAAUGGUUUUGACAGCGGUGGACGGUGGCACGCCGGAAAGAUCCGGGACUGCACUUAUCACAAUCACUGUAUUGGAUGCCAACGACAACGUUCCUGUUUUUGAUAAGUCUGUUUAUCGUGUAAGUUUAGUGGAGAAUGCACCGAGAGGCACCCUCGUAAUUAAACUGAACGCUUCCGAUUUGGACGAGGGGUCGAACGGAGAAAUUUUAUACUCCUUCAGCGGACACGCUCCUCUGAAAGUGCGAGAGCUCUUCAGUGUGGACUCUUACACCGGCGAAAUCAGAGUCAAAGGCAUCGUGGAUUAUGAAAAGGCCAGUGUUUAUGAAUUAUAUGUGCAAGCCAAGGACAAAGGUCCAUCGGCUGUUGCUGUGCAUUGCAAAGUAUUAGUAGAUAUAUUAGAUGUGAAUGACAACGCGCCGGAGGUGAUUCUAACCUCGGUCUCUACACCUGUUCAGGAAGACGCUCCUCCUGGGACAGUAAUCGCAGUCAUAAGCGUAAUGGAUCGGGAUUCAGGGGAAAAUGGGAAUGUACACUGUCAAAUUCCCAGUAAUGUGCCAUUUCAACUUCACUCCUCCUUCAAGAAUUAUUAUACGUUAGUCACGAGCGAAUUUCUCGACAGAGAAUCUGUAUCCGAAUAUAACAUCACACUCACAGCGAGGGAUCUCGGCGCACCGCCUCUGUCCACCAGAAAAACUAUUUUAGUUCAAGUGUCUGACAUUAAUGACAAUGCUCCCCGCUUCUUACAGCCCUCAUACACUGUCUAUGUGACUGAAAAUAAUGCCCCAGGCGCGUCAAUUUGCUCGGUGACUGCCUUCGACCCCGAUUCCAAUCAGAACGCUUAUCUGUCCUACUCUAUUCUCGAAGACCAAAUCCAGGGCAUGCCGGUGUCCACUUACGUAUCCAUCAAUUCAGACAAUGGUAACAUCUACGCGCUGCGCUCGUUUGACUACGAACAACUGAGAAACUUUCAGAUUCGCGUGCAGGCUCAGGAUGCAGGAUUCCCACCGCUGAGCAGCAAUGUAACGGUUAAUGUCUUUGUUUUGGACCAGAAUGACAAUGCUCCGGUCAUUGUCUCUCCUUUACCUAAAAACGGCACCGUGGCGACUGAAAUGGUCCCCCGGUCGGUUGACGCCGGUUACCUCGUAGCGAAAAUCACUGCUAUUGACGCGGACGCGGGGCAAAACUCACGCCUUUCCUACCAGGUUCUCCAGGCAACGGAUCCAGGGUUAUUUAGUGUUGCCCUUUAUACUGGCGAAAUAAGGACGAUUCGACGAUUUGUAGAUAAAGACGCCACGAGGCAAAGACUGGUCAUUUUAGUCAAGGACAACGGUCAGCCGUCCCUCUCGGCCACUGUUUCCAUCAUCUUAUCAGUAGUUGACAGCGUGCCAGAAUCCCUGUCCGAUUUUGGUGACCUUACCCUAAGCCCCCAGUCCCCAUCCAACCUCCCUCUCUAUUUAAUCGUGUCUUUGAGCACAAUUUCAUUCAUUUUUCUGGUGGCAAUAAUUGUCCUGGCUGCCAUUAAGUGCUACAAGGACAGAGACUCAAUCCAAGGAUACAGUUUCUCCUUCGGCGACUGCUGCGCGUUUCAGCCAGAGCCGCCCACAGAGGUGUUCAAAAAAUCCAACCUAAACCUGCAGAUAUCGUCUGGAACCAAAGUACCCACGAACUGUGUAGAGGCAAAUAGCAAUGGCCCUCUCUCACAAGCCUACUGCUACAAAGUAUGUUUAACCCCGGAAUCUGCCAAGAGUGACUUCAUGUUCUUGAAGCCGUGCAGCCCGACGACUCCGAGGAACAAUGUGAAAGGUACAGAUAACCUGGUAUCAGCUUGGAGCGCGCAAAACCGUAGCGGCACGGUGAACAACGGAGCUACAACCCCGAAUGAGCUUAAGCAGCCCAACAUGGACUGGCCAUUAUCAAAGAUGCAAAACACCACACUUAAAAGCUACAGCUCAAUGAACAUGGAUGGCACACUGAUACGCAAAGCCAUGCACACUGACCCAGAGAACUUUGGGCCCCCCAUGGCCGGACAGUACUGGACCUGGGGAACUCACAUGCGAGAUUAUAAAAUGUCCUCUCCGUCUCCCGGAGUUCCCAACCGCUCGUGGACGCCGAGGUACGCCCCGCAGCAUUCCACACGGCCACCGCCAGACUACCAGCACAACGUGUACAUGCCGGCCACUCCGGCCGCACGUCCGCCGCCAGACUACCAGCACAACGUGUACAUCCCCGGCACGCCCACCGCGCACUGCACCCUGAGGCCCAUGUACCGCAGCGACCUCGACGUCAAGAACUCGUUCUCCACCUUCGGCAAGAAGCGGAGGUUCAUAUCCGGUUACGACCCGAAAGAAGACGCGGUGAUCAACAACGACCUUUUCAACAAGUGAAGGAAGCGGAGGGACGUAGUGCUGCUGCGGGCGGUCCCGUGAAGCUCGUCGUUGAUGCUGCGCUGUUUGGGUUCAGAUCGCUGCAGGGUGUCGCUGAGACCCUUCCAGUGAGAUCCAAUUAAAUGCCAAAAAAUGUGACCAAAACACUCCCCCAUUACGUUGUGUCCAUAGUACAAAAGCACAACCCAAAACAUCUGUCCACUCAUGCAGUUAACGCCAACCAUUUAAAUGUCACUGUGGCGUGUCAUAUGCAGGCCAUACAAACACUGAGGUCAUUGCUGUAACAGAUGAUCCCUCACUAAGAAAGGCAACUACAGAUCCACAUCAAAUCUUAUUAGCUUAGUCUGGAAAAUGUAUACCUUUAUAUAUGUCAUAAAAUGCAGAUGAGGUUCAGAGAUUUAUGAAUAUAUUCCCACUUGUUGUUAUUAUUAUUAUUAUUAUUAUUAUUAUUAUUAUUAUUAUUAUUAUUAUUAUUAUAGACUUGAAGAAUCAAUGGUGAACCCCAAUGAUGAUUAAAGUAAUUAGUCUAUUAGUAUGUGAGGCAGAAUAAUUUCUGCCAAAUGCACUUCCUUCCUCACAAUAAGCCAGUCCGUGAUGCACUAUUUUACGUUGUCUGCAUUUUGGAAUGAUAAUCACACAUAGGUCUCUGGUAAGUCAUUUUGCCCAUGCAGUCUGGUGAAGAACCACUAGGAUAUGGUGCAGCAGUAUAUGACCAGUGAAACUAUUCCAUUGUAAUAUAUGCAAACUGCAUUUUUCAUGCAGGCAAUUCACAAAAGCGUAUGUCAUACCAUUUGUAUAUACAUCUGAGAAUAAACUAUUUUUUGAUGUCA